UCAUUUAAAUAAUUACGAGAAUUUACAUUUUACGUUAAUGGUCCUGUCAACAUUCUAUAAACUGCCAAAAAUCGAGCUAAAAUGGCGUUAGCGGUUUAUUGUGUAUAUUUUUCUUGAUAAAAAUUAAAAUGUAAAUUAAUAAUGUAACCAGUUAAAUAUUUAUUAAACGUUAAAUUUGUUGAUAUUUUAUGUUAUGAUAGUGUAGUAAAUGAGUAUGGCAUCUAAUAAUACGGAUGAAACUCGAAAUUCCGACGGCUCCUCGGAUGAUGAGUGUUUAUCUGAAGUAAAGAGAAAAGUUGAUCUCGCCAGAUCUAAGAGUGGUGACGAUAGCGAUUAUGAGCCUAUAAUAUCUGAGAUAAUGGUCUCAACAGAAGUAGACGAGUAUGACGAAGAGCCACUCGAUUUUAGCAUUAAGAAGGAAGACAAACCGGCAACAUCAAAACGGAGGAGAAAUGACAAAUGUAGAAAGAGCAAAGAGAAAAAACCUAAAGUGUAUGGAUGUAAUCUGUGCAGUGCCCAAUAUAAAAAUGCACAGGAAUUGAGAGCACAUUCAUUAGAGCAUCAAGUCAAAACAAGGCACAAAUGUGACGAGUGCGGGAGAUAUUUCAAAAAAGCCUUCAGUUUACGUCUGCAUCAAAAAAUACAUACAACAAUGGAAUUUGACUGUCGAUUGUGCGAUAUGAAGUUCACGUCGAAAGGGCAUUUGUUUAGACAUUUGAGGUCACAUGAGAAGACCGAACACUGUGAUGUAUGUCCGGCUAAAUAUCAUUCGAGGAUACAGCUGAAUCGACACAGGAGACUGCAUACACUCCAUGGAAUGUGUACACAAACUGCUGAUGAAACUGCUCGAGACACUACAAAUAAAUCCGAUCAGUUAAUUCCUUCGGCCCCGGACAUUGAAUAUCAAAACACGAGCUGCCCUACCGAAUACUCUGAGGACUCGACAGAUCUCAACAGUGAGGCCAAAAACUUGAACUGCACCCGGAAGGAGGACCUCCCGGAAAACAUACAAUGCGCUAUCGUUAGCAAGCUGUACAAAGGACGGACUGUCACCGAUAUAUGUCAGAUAUACAAUCUGACCCCGGAUGUAGUGAACAAGGUUUGGGAGGAAAGGGACACGUUUAGCGCCCUUAAGAAAGCGGGAAGGAGAAGCAAGAUGUAUAUGAAUAGCAUACUAGAUGCAAGAAUACUGGAUUGGUACAGGGAUCAGAAAUCGAAUAAGGUGCAAGUGUCUGGUAAAAUGUUGCAAGAUAUAGCUGAGUUGUUCGCCAAAGAAAAUGGUUUUAUCGCGUUCGACGGCAGCAGGAAGUGGCUGGACGGCUUCAAGAAGAAAUACAGCAUAUCGUUGAGGGGAGUACCCGUCAAGAGAGAAUUUAGCAUAGGACCAGAAUCGAAAUGGAAGAAGACUUUCUUCAAGGAGCAGUGGUGCGACGCUAGGCUUGGUGUUAAAGACGAGGACAUUUACACGGCUGAUGAGGUCGGAAUUUAUUAUAAUCCUUCGAAGGGCCGGGUUAAGAAACCUGCAGGCAAGAAAUUCAUUCAAGGCUACGUCGAGGACAGAUUGGCGAUAUUCAUGUGUGUGAACGCGACGGGCACUGACAGAAAGAAGCUCCUGGUGUGUGGUUCUGAUGAUCCUCUGCUGCAUUCGUAUAGGGAUGCCGAUACUUUGCCCGUCACGUACAUAAGGCACGCCAAUGCGCAUUUCACAACGCAAAUGUUCGAAGGCUUCGUUAAAUACUGGAAUAAAGAGCUUCAAAUGAACAACAGGAGAGCCAUUCUGGUCCUAGACAGAGCCACUGUGCACACCAAACUUCAGCUCUCCAAUCUGAAACUCGUCUUCGUACCGUGGAAGGCUUAUAACGGCUUAAUACCGGUGAGGAAUGGAAUUUUUAAUCGUUUCAAAGAUGAAUUCAGGCGGCUGUUCAUAACUGAGAAGGCCAUGAAUGUUGUCCGUGGAGUAGACAGGAGGACCACCAGCCUGGAAGCUCUGUACAUGAUAAUGAAAGCAUGGGAACGGACUCCUAAUUGUGCUAUAUCGAGAAGCUUUGUCAAUCUAGGCUUUGACGUUCAAGAACGAAACGUUGAGGAGAAUUUGACGCCUAAAGUAUGUGAAAACGAUGAGGAAAUUAUGUGUAAACUGUUGAGGGAUUACGAUGUGGACACAUAUUACACUGAGCUGCCUAGUUUGGACAACUUUUUGAACGUGGACGAGGAGCUACUGACCGGCCAGGGAACGAAUUGUUCGGUUUUCGGUGGGAACCAUAAAAUCCAGGACCCAGCAGCAGUCGAAAGAGAACGAGAAGAGAUACUGGCUAUCGGUACAAAGAAACCGGAGUGCAGUGAAAUAGAAGAGAGGGUUACAAAGAUUAGGGCCCUCCAAGAUUUAGAUAUAGUUAGAAAGUAUUUACAAACCAGCAAUACGAGUUAUGAUGUGUACAAAAAAUUUAUGGAUAUAGAGAAAUAUGUGUUGAGAGAACCUAUGAAGUUAUAAGGCCGUUGAAUCUCCGUUGUGUUUAUGCCUAAAGUGUAUUAAUAGGUUUUAAAGUUUAAAUCUCAUUAUAAGUAUGUUAUUUUGAUUUAGUUAUUCGAGUUGUGAUUUGUUAUGCGACCAGUUAUUAGUACUAUGGGUAACUUUCUUAUAACACGGGUACUUCUACAACAUGAUGUGAUUUUUGUUUAAACACUAUUUAAAAAAUUACUUUUGAACACACAAUAUGUGAGCAUAACCGAAAUUAUACUACAUAUUUUUUUAUGUAUAACUAGCAACCCGCCCUCGCUUCGCUUCAAAAACAUUUAAUUAUAUCAUUGAUAGCUGAGUCCAGCGAUGUUACCCGCGGUUAUUAUCGUACCGCGGGUGACACCGCGGGCGCGGGCGAAGCUAGCCUAAGUUACUCCUUAUAUCAUCAGCUACCCAUCAGUGAAAGUCCCGUCAAAAUCGGUCCAGCCGUUCCAGAGAUUAGCCGGAACAAACAGACAGACACACAAAAAUUGUAAAAAAAUAUAUUUAGGUGUAUGUACUGUAUAUAAUAUACCAUAUGCAUUUAGUAAAAAGCGGUUAUUUCAAUAUUACAAAUAGACACUCCAACUUUAUUUAUAUGUAUAGAUAGGUAAAAAAAAUACAUAGAGGCAUAGUUGAGAUGUUUCGUUCAGAAAAUUACUAUCCUUUUUGUACUGACUUCUAGUCAUACAAAAUGGUUUUGCACAACACUGGACUUUGUAGGAACAUAUUAUCUACCGUGUUAUAGGAGAGUUAGAUGUAUUAAUGUGUUUUUGUAAUUUUUGUAAUUACAGUCGAGUCGCCGAAGAGAAGAAAGUAACUGGAAAAAGCAAACUCGACAUGUAAACUAUGAAUGAAAUUGAGUUUUUAUUUAUUUGUUAAGGUCAUAAGGUGUUCAUUGUGCAAUAAGUUUAAUAGUUGAAGUGCUGAUUGAGUUGUGGAGGAUGUAGCGUAUUUGUGAUUACGAUAAAGGGCGCAUGUAUUCAGUUGUGCUCACGAGUGCUCACUGCUGCUCACGGUGUGCGGGCCGUUUGUGAUAUAUUUUUAACGGCAUACAUAGGUGAUGCUCAUUUUCUAGCCAGCGUAAUGGACUUGUUAGUUGGUAUUAAUCCAUUUUAACUUUUUUAAAGGCAUACUGUAUUGAUCCCUUAAUACGGUAUAACAGAUAUUCAUGCGAUAAAACACAUAGGAGUCUUUUUUUAUAUACAUAUUUAAUGAUGUUAAAAUUCUAGUCUAGAAACUGAUAUGUCGCAGAAAAGACAAAAAUAUAAAGAAAGAAAAAUUUACCCCGGUAAAUCCGAGUUAGUUGCUUAUGAUUUUAGGAAAAAUGUACUGUAUCUCGUUGAGUUUAGGUUUAUAAUUAGCGUUACUUAACGAAAUCGUUGGUUUAUUUUAUUAUUGUUGAAGAAUAAUAAAAAUGUUACGAAUGUACCUAGAUGUAUUUUUUAUUAAAUAUAAAUGUAUGUUUUAUUAAAGAAAAAAUAUACCCGUU